UUCCUCAAUUAAUUUUUAAUCGAAUAAAUUCCUUUCUUUUUCGAUAAACUUUCUAGGGUUUUUAUUAGGAUUACGUUGUUUUACGAUCACUUUGAGUUUUACAAUUUUUAGGUCUGAAUUUCGAUCUCUCUCUGUUUGCCUUUUAAUUCGGAACAGAUAACAUGCCGAAGAAUAAGGGAAAGGGAGGAAAGAACAGGAAGAGGGGAAAGAAUGAAGCGGAUGAUGAGAAGCGUGAACUUUUGUUCAAGGAAGAUGGACAAGAGUAUGCCCAAGUUCUUCGCAUGCUUGGGAAUGGACGGUGUGAAGCUACGUGCAUUGAUGGCACCAAACGUCUUUGCCACAUCCGUGGCAAGAUGCACAAGAAAGUUUGGAUUGCUGCUGGUGAUAUAAUACUUGUUGGGCUUCGUGACUAUCAAGAUGACAAAGCUGAUGUCAUCCUCAAGUACAUGCCUGAUGAGGCGAGGCUUCUAAAAGCAUAUGGUGAGCUUCCAGAGAGCACCCGUCUCAAUGAGGGUAUUGCUGGUGGUCUUGACGAGGAAGAUGAAGGUGCUGGUGAUGAUUACAUUGAGUUUGAAGAUGAAGAUAUUGAUAAGAUCUAGGCUUUAAAGAAAUUGCUCUGGUUGGGAUUUAUCUAUAAUGUUAUAAAGAUAUUAUCGAUGCCAAUGUACUGGUAUUAGAAAGCUAAAACUUAUGUGCUUGCACUUCUUUCAUUUGGAUAUACUGAGUCUAUUAUCUUGCUUA